AUGAUUCCCACAAUAUCCACUACUGAAUCAUCAGAAUUAAUGCCAGUUAAAUAUGUAGAUAGUGGAUUUUCAGAAACAACGACUGAUGAUAACGAUACAACAAUUGUGUCAAAAAAUAUUCUCGGAGAUGUAUUGUAUGUUGAACAAAUGUAUUAUGAACAAUUGAAAGAAAAUAUCACCAAAUAUUCUCGACCACUUCGACGUUAUUUAUCGCAACAACAAAUACUAGAUUUAUUUCAAAAUGUUGAAAAAAUCUCAGCUAUCAGUGAAUCUCUUGUGCGUCAUUGCGAAAAAUUACAUGAUAAUAACGGAUUUAUUUCUAUCUCAACAAUUUAUAAAUCUUGGCUACCAGUUGACUAUGUAUUCAAAUCUCUCAAACAAUUUAUCACACUACCACUGAAACAUUUGUGUCAAAUGAAUCAUCUUUUACAUCGUCUAUUGGAAAAAUAUGAUUAUGAAAAUAAUGAUUUUGAUAUUCACUGCUUAGAAGCUAUAAAAUUGUUAGCAAUACAAGCAUCUCAAGUUUUAUCAUCUAAUGAUAACUCAAGAACUUAUAUAGACACAGAAGAUCAAACAACUGAUCAGGAUUCGACCAUUCAAACAAAUGAGAACAAAUUGAUUCGAUCGUCAUCGGCCGUAUUACAACGUGUAAACAGAGAACCAUGGUCAAUGAAUUUACUUGAAUUAUACGAUAACAUAUUACAUUUUAUUCAAAUCGAUAAUAAUGGAACGUCAUCAUCAAGUUCAAUUUCUUUAGAAAAUGUUAUUAAAUUAGAAUGUAAUCAAAUAGAUGAAGGUGGUCAAAUUCGUUUACUAUUAUCAAAAAAAAGUUCUAGAAUAAAUCACCAUCAUUCGACAUCAUCAUUAAAAUUAAUGCGUGUGUAUAUAAGAUUUAGACAAAUGACAGAGUACAAAUUUUGGUAUAUACAGUUAAAUAAAACAAUUCAAUUAGCCAAAGAUCAUAGUUGGACACAUAAAAAUGAAUUAGUAUUAUAA